AUGGCCGAAUUAUUAAAACAAGGAAUUUUUUGGCUUGACGUUCUUGCACCAACUGAAACUGAAAUGAGAAUUUUAAGUUCGAUUUUUCGUAUUCAUCCGCUGACAAUGGAAGAUAUUGAGACAGAAGAAUCGCGUGAAAAAUGUGAACUCUUCAAGAAUUAUUAUUUUGUUAGUUUUAGAUCUCAUGAUAAUAAUUUUAAUACGCCUGAUAUUGAGCCUAUUAAUAUGUAUAAUGUUGUCAUGAGAGAAGGAAUUUUAACAUUUCAUUUUCAACCAACGCCACAUCAGCAUAACGUUAGGAAAAGAAUACAAUAUUUGAAAGAUUUCAUCACACUCACACCUGAUUGGAUAAAUUAUGCCAUAAUGGAUGAUGUUACGGAUUAUUUCGCACCUUUAAUUCAAAAAGUGGAAUUUGAAUCCGAUGCAAUUGAUCAACUCGUUAUGGUACUUAAAAAAUCCGAACAGCAAGAUAUGUUGGUGAGAAUAGGAUUAUGCCGUAAACUGGUUAUGACAUUAUUAAAAAUGUUGGGAACAAAAGUUGAUGUUAUAAAAGGACUAAUUAAAAGAUUUGAAGAUAAAUUACUUGUUAAUGAAAGUGAUAAAUGUGGUUCCGGAGAUGUAACUCUUUAUUUGGGUGAUAUUCAAGAUCAUAUUAUUACUAUGUUGCAAAAUCUUAAUCAUUAUGAAAAUAUGUUAUCGCGUGCACAUUCAAAUUAUCUUGCCCAAAUAUCAAUUGAAAUUACACAAUUGAGUAACACGACUAAUGAUUUUUUGAAUAGAAUGACUGUUUUUGCUACCAUUUUAUUGCCAAUGAACGUUAUUACAGGAUUAUUUGGCAUGAAUGUUCAUGUACCCGGUCAAGAAGAUAAUCAUUUGGCAUGGUUUCUUGGAAUAGUUGGUUCAUUUGGUAUAAUUCUAAUUAUAGGAACUUUUUUUGCAAGAAAAUUGGUAAUGAAAAUGGAUCAAUAG